CGACGACGACGACGACGACAACAACAACAACAACAACAACAACAACAACAACAACAACAACAACAACAACAACAACAACAACAACAACAACAACAACAACAACAACAACAACAACAACAACAACAACAACAACAACAACAACAACAACAACAACAACAACAACAACAACAACAACAACAACAACAACAACAACAACAACAACAACAACAACAACAACAACAACAACAACAACAACAACAACAACAACAACGACAACAACAACAACAACGACAACAACAACGACAACAACAACGACGACAACAACAACAACAACAACAAGAAAAACAGUCAAAGAACUAUGAAGUGGUGAAGAAACGCUUCGACGCAUACUUCGUUGCCACACGGAAUUCGGUCUACGAAAGGCAAGAACGAAAGAAGCGGUACAACAACAACAUGAUCUUCACAGCAGUGCGUACCACCAAGCAACCAGCCUUGAGGUCGACGCAGUUCAUUGAGAAGCUUGCGGGUGGGCAGAGCACCAACGGGUCAACAAAGACGUCCGAAAGUGUGCGUCGUGUGGCAGAGCCCGUCAUUGGAAGUCAUCGUGUCCUGCAAAAGGAGCAAUCUGCUACGGGUGCCAACGACGGGGACACUUCGCUGCGGUGUGUCCACAAAGAUUAUGGCGUCGUCGCGGGGCCAAAGUACGUUGGAAUCAUGGAGCUCUUGGCGCCGUGGAGCCUCUACGGGAAUCAACGUCGAGGCAAAGGACCACAGAGCGGUACUGGCGAGCUACACGAAAGGGCCCGCGACAACGCACCGCAGGAUGUGGUUGGCGCUGAGGAAGGUCAUGGUGACGCGCUGCAGAACCCGGCCGAUGAAAAAGUAUUUGGAAAGCCUUGA